AUCAACAACGUCUUCGUGCGCUUCUACGACGUGAGCACCUUCGCCAUCGACUGGCUCUCCAUGAGCUACAUGCUCACCUACAUCCCCCUGCUCUUCCCCGUCGCCUGGCUGCUGGACAAGAGGGGCCUGCGCCUCAUCGCCCUGGCUGGCUCGGCCCUCAAUGCCCUGGGCGCCUGGGUGAAGCUGGGCAGCCUGAAGCCGCACCUCUUCCCCAUCACCGUCCUGGGGCAGGUCAUCUGCUCCCUGGCCCAGGUCUUCAUCCUGGGCAUGCCCUCGCACAUUGCCUCUGUCUGGUUCGGCUCCCAUGAGGUCUCCACCGCCUGCUCCAUCGCUGUCUUUGGUAACCAGCUCGGCAUCGCUGUGGGCUUUCUGGUCCCUCCAGUCCUGGUUCCCAAUGUGGAGGAUGUGGAGAAGCUGGCCUACCAUAUCAGCAUCAUGUUCUUCAUGACUGCAGGCGUGGCAACAGCCCUAUUCAUCCUGGUCAUCAUAGUCUUCAAGGAGAAGCCCCCGCACCCUCCGAGCCGAGCUCAGGCCUUGAUCCAGUCAAGACCGACAGAGGAGUAUUCCUAUGUGCAAUCAAUCCUCCGCCUGCUCCGCAAUGCUAACUUUUUGCUGCUUAUGGUCACUUACGGUCUGAAUGCAGGUUGCUUAUACGACCUGUCCACUCUGCUGAAACGCAUGGUGAUCCAUCACUACCCAGGGGAGGAGGUGAAUGCUGGCAGGAUUGGACUCACCAUUGUACUGUCGGGGAUGGUUGGGGCUCUGAUCUCCGGCAUCUGGUUGGAUAGAACCAAAACCUACAAGUAAGUCCCUUGUUUAGUGCCUCUCCUGUCUUAUGUUGGCGUCCGUGUAAUCAGCUUUUCAGUUUCCCAGUUGGCUUUGAGAACUGUGCUAUAA